AUGAGGGAUGUUCCAAAAAUGAUAUGUGAUAACAUAAAACAUUUGAAGUUAGAUAGUAAUGAUUUAAUUUCAAAUGGAGUAAUUUGCAAUUAUUUUCUUGAGCAAGAUCAUAAAAAAAUCUAUCGGAAACUUGUAAAGGAAUCACUAUGCAGAGAUUUCAUAUGGAAUGAUAUUCAAAGAAAAACUCUUCAGAAAGAAGAAAAGGACUUAAUUAACAACUUUUUAUACAAUGAUAAAUUAACUUCAUCAAAUCCAUUGAUCAUUGAAUCUGAGUUAUGUCUAGAAAUUGUCUUCUUGAUCAAAAGUUUGGAUGGCUGUUCCUGUCAAUCAACUGAUAAUAGAAAUAAUAUUGGUGGUCCUAAGAAGUUUCCCGAUUUUUUCUGCUUCAACAAUGAAAUAAAAGAUCAUGAUUUUGAUCUUCUGUUUGGCGAGAUCAGUCAUGGUCCAUUUGUGAACAAUAAUACAAACCAUCAAGAUCAUGUGAUUGGAGAUUUAAAGAGACUUGGAAAGUUUGCCAAGGAUUCUUAUAAUCAUGAUUAUUACUUCUUCAAAAGUGAAGGAUCAGAUUAUAAACAACUUCACAUUCAUUUAGAUCAACUAGUAAAAGUGAUGAUCCAUUUACACGAAACAGAAAUUGAUUUUUAUAUAUUUGAUAGGUAUUUUUAUCCUUUCUAUAGGAUAUGUGAAGUAGAGACAUUGUCAAUUCCAUUGUUCUCAGACAUCCCAAAAACAAAAUUUAGUAAAUUUGUUCAACUGUGUGAAACAUUAUUAAACAUUAAUAAUAUAAUGUUAAAUAACAUCAUCAUACUAAACAAAUUAAAUCCAUUAUUAAACCUAAGUCAGUCAACACCACCACAUCAAAUACGAACAGAUGAAACACCUGAAAUGCCAUCAACUUCAAACAGUCUGUUUAUAACAUAUAAUUCUUAA